AAGAGGGUGUAAGCUUUCCAUCCUGUUUUGAACCCCCCCCCUCCCCCUCCCCCUCCCCUUUCCGGAUACUGUCCGGAAUCACUUAUAUGUUGCCCGUCCUCAUCCCGCCCUAGAGGAAAGCCGAAACAGACUUUGAAAGAAACACUUCAAACCUACCGGUCGAACCAAAAAGAACCAUACCCGCCCCUUAAUACCCAGGUCUCCCUCUUUUCCUCUUCCGACAGGACAAACAACAAGAGAACUUGGUUGGCCCAGUCCUUUUUAUAUAUAUUUAUCAUAUAGAACUUCAGAUCCGAUCAACGGAACCAAAAGACUCCCCCUCCCCCUUCCCAUCAAAAUGGCAUCCCCCCGCGAGAGAAACAACACCAAGUACGCCUCGGACGACGAGACGUCGGAAGCGCCUAGCGAGCAGCCCCAGGAGAAGCCCCAGCGCCGCACGCGCACCAAGAGCAAGCAGAUGCAGAAGCGCAACCAGGGCCAGCAGCAGCAACAGCAGGGUGGCGGCGGUCCCCUCGGCGGCCUGACCGACGGCGGUGUCACGAACGGCGUCCAGAACACGCUAGGCAACGUCGCCGGCGGUGCCCUGGGCGGUCAACAAGGCGGCGGCGGCAGCGACAAGAGCGAUACGCUGCGGUUGCGUCUGGACCUCAACCUCGACAUUGAGAUUACGUUGAAGGCGCGCAUUCACGGUGACCUCGAGUUGGCUCUCUUGAACUGAGAGACGUUUUUCCCAGGGACAAAUCUUAAAAAACGAAACCCACAUCUUCUUUGCCGGGCCGGUCUAUUGUUUUAUGAGAGUUGCUUUUUUACACGGAGUCGCGGAAUUACUAGUGGGCGAAUUGUCAAGCCGACACAAUUUGCUGCAACUUGCGGGGGUUCCUUUUUAUGGUUUUUUUUUCUUUUUUUCAUUUGUUGCCCAUGAUCCGUCGAGACACCCUGCCGUUGGAAAAGGAAAACGGUCCGGGCUCGACAGGGGGGCGGGGAGGAGUUGGUGGACAGAUGGGAUAUUGGGUAUCCAUCUGCCGCGUGUAUUAUGAAAGAUUUUGUGCAUCAUCGACAUCAUGAGAUACGGACGCUAUUUCGGGAAAUAUUAUGGGUAACCUAUUCGACGUUAGCCAAAGCAUUUUAAACGGUUCUGUUUCGGACAAAUGUCAACUUGAGAGGAGAGAGUUUCAAGACCAUAUCGCAUGGCUUCCACCUCUUUUGAAAAGGGUUGUUUGUUGUGAGCAUGAAUUUCCAGCAGUUGACGAUUAAGCCUUCAUCAUGG